UGUCCGCUUAAUAAAAACAAAUCUCGGAAAUUGUGAAAAUUAGUGAAAAAUCGAAUAUCGUAUGAUCGAAUUUCCCCGUCAAAGUGACAAUUUUCCUUUUAAUUUCCUUCUCGUCUUAUUGACAUCGUCAAAUUUACGUGUUUUUAUCUAAAUCUCUCAUUUUAUUAUGUGUACCACAAAUCGAUGAGUGUAUAGCGCUACACGACCUACGUGCACAGCGAUAAUUUUCCGUUUUGCUCUUUGAUUGAUGAAUUUUUACCACAGAACCUUCCAACGAGAGCAGAAAAAUACAGCAAAAAGUGUAAUUUUCCGAAAUAUUUCGCGCAGGAGAUCAUCGGAGACAAAUCAAGUGAUAAGGAGACAGAAAAUAAUUUUGAUAAAUUUAGAAAAUCAUCAAAAUCAAAGGUGAGAAAACACAAAUAAUGAGAUAGCACAUGGAUCUCCUUUUUUUUCGGAAUGAAAUGAAAACAUAAAAUCGUGUUAUUUUGUUGUAUCUUGAAAUAAAAAGCAGAAUAGGCGCAUUCCAGAGAAUUAUAGAAAACAAAAACUAUUGACAUGAACCCACAAAAUAACAAUGGAUGACACAUUUGUGACAAUUCCCAAUCUAGAGUGUUGUGGCAAAUAAAAGAAAAAUAAUAAAAAUAAAAAAAAACUAUAAAAAAUUUCAAAUAAUAUUAACCAGUGAAAAAAAAAUAACGAAGAAAAAUAAAAAGUUAAAAUGUAUCGAUUAAACGUAAGUAAUCCAAACGCCUCGACAACCACAACAACAGUUCAUCAAGUGCAAAAUGUGCCGACGGAUAACAACAGAGCCUUAACAGCGGUUAUCAAGAAUCAGCUGGAUAUGAUAAAUCCCAGCAAUGGCAGUGGCAUCGGCAAUAUGCAGCGUAAUGCGAACGAAUUUAUGGUAACGACGGUUAAAGUUGAGCCGAUGCAGGAUAUGGCGUCAACAAGUACGCCGAUCGGGCAACAAAAUGGGCAUGUUAUUUAUGCUGGAAAGAGACCGCGAAUUGAAGGCAACGAGGAUUGGCUCUCCUCCCCAAGUCCGGGAAGCGUUCCGGGUAACGCUCUACCGUUAAGCCCAUCGCCCGGAUCACAAAGUCACACAUACGCAACAAUGUCAAAUGGGUAUUCGUCGCCCAUGUCAACAGGCAGCUACGAUCCUUACAGCCCGAAUGGCAAAUUAGGUCGUGAAGAUUUAUCACCAUCCAGUAGUUUAAAUGGCUAUACGCAAGAUGGUAGUGAUGUGAAAAAGCUUAAAAAGGGACAAACGCCUCGUCAACAGGAGGAGCUGUGUCUCGUGUGCGGUGAUAGAGCCUCUGGCUAUCAUUAUAAUGCGCUUACAUGUGAAGGAUGCAAAGGCUUCUUUCGACGAAGUGUCACGAAAAAUGCUAUAUAUAGUUGUAAAUUUGGGAAUGAGUGUGAGAUGGAUAUGUAUAUGAGGCGAAAAUGCCAAGAAUGUCGCUUAAAGAAAUGCCUUUCUGUGGGCAUGAGACCUGAAUGUGUUGUACCCGAAACGCAAUGUGCUAUCAAGCGGAAAGAGAAGAAGGCACAAAAGGAUAAGGACAAACCAAGCAACCCAAAUAGUACAACAGAUACCUUUAGAACUGAAAUAUUACCUCAAUUAGUGCAAUGUGAUCCACCGGCUCAUGCAGCUUUAGCACAAUUACUACCUGAAGCAUUACUAGCUGAAAACAAAGCAAAAAAUAUACCUCAACUCACCGCAAAUCAAAUGGCCGUUAUUUAUAAAUUAAUUUGGUAUCAGGAUGGAUACGAACAACCGUCAGAAGAGGAUUUAAAGCGAAUUAUGAACCAAAACCCUCAGUCUCAAGAGGAUGACGACCAAAAAGAUCUAAACUUUAGGCAUAUAACGGAAAUUACAAUUUUAACGGUACAGCUGAUUGUCGAAUUCGCAAAAGGUUUGCCUGCAUUUACAAGAAUACCCCAAGAAGACCAAAUAACGUUGUUAAAAGCGUGUUCCAGUGAAGUGAUGAUGUUGCGAACAGCUCGUCGUUACGAUGUCGUUUCCGACUCCAUUUUGUUCGCCAACAACAAAUCAUAUACGCGUGAUUCGUACAAAAUGGCAGAGAUGGAAGAUCACAUUGACGACUUGAUGCAUUUCUGUCGGCAAAUGUACGCGAUGGCAGUCGAUAAUGUCGAAUAUGCGCUUCUCACGGCAAUUGUCAUCUUCAGCGAUCGACCGGGUCUCGAGAAGAGCGAACUUGUCGAACACAUUCAGAGCUACUACAUCGAAACGCUGAAGGUUUACAUCCUCAAUCGGCACGGCGGCAAGCCAAAGUGCGGCAUCAUGUUCGCAAAACUCCUCUCCAUCCUGACUGAAUUACGAACGCUGGGCAACCAGAAUUCGGAAAUGUGUUUCUCACUCAAGUUGCGUAACCGCAAACUGCCGAAAUUCCUCGAGGAAAUUUGGGAUGUGCAGGAUAUUCAGGCGGGUCCGACAGCAGCAUCAAGUGCAUCGAGUACGAGUGCUGCCGUCGUCGCCGCAAACAUGAAUAAUCAUCCCAAUUUAAAUACUACCGUCGCAACUUCUGCUGCCAGUUUACAGCCAAGUACUUCAUCAAUUCAACAGCAUCCACAAACGCAGCAAGUGUAGCCUUAGGGCUUUUUCUUAUAAUGAUAAAUAACACGCAGAACAUUGUUGUAAGAAAAAAAGUUUGUGUAACAUUACAUUUUAAUAUAAUUAUUAUUAUUAUAUUAUUAAACAUACUUAUAAAAUAAAAGUAAUAAUAAAAAAUGAAAAUAAACGUUAAGCAAAAGUAAAGAAAACGACGACACUCGACACAAAAGAGUGCCUAAUCUACAAAAACAACAAAUACUAUUACAAUUUAUUUUUACUAUUAUUAUAUAUUAAUUAAUUAUAUUAUUAUUAAUUAUGUUACUUUAAUUAAUUAUUAUAUUAAUAUUAUCUAUUAUUAUAUAAAAUUAUUACAUUUGAUAUGUAAAACAUAGAAAAACAACAAAAUAAAACUUUAUACAAUAUACACACAGAAAUCAUAUUAUUCAUGACUGUAUAAGAAAUUUUAUUAACAAGGUAACAUUUUUAUUUUUAGUUAAAUAUUUUUUUUUUCAUAACAAUAUUUAUUUUGUAUAAAAUUGUAUAAUAAAAAUUAUUUUUAAUUAUUGAGAAAAAAGUAUAAAAAGAAAAAAGUCUCCUGAGAAACCAUGAUUCCCAUGUCCAUCCUUAUUCCCGGAAAUAUUUUAAGCAUU